GUUAUAAAGACUUCAUGUAGAGGAUGCUGCAUUUGCACAUACAAUGACGGGGGCUUUAAGAGAACUGGCGAGAUGCCCUGUGCUUGUUGCAGCCAUUUUCAUAGCUGGAAUAGGAGGAACCUUUCAAUACGGCUUCCAUAUCUCUGUCCUUAACUCGCCAUCACUUUUUAUUAAAGAGCUGGUGAACAGCACCUGCCAGCAGCGUUAUGGUCACUCUCUUGAGUCCUGGGAGCUGUCUCUCAUCUGGUCCUUCAUUGUGUCCAUAUAUUGCAUGGGAGGGCUGGCUGGAACCCUGUAUGCUGGACAUCUGGCAGGUGUGUGUGGAAGCUGGGGUGACAGCACCACUUCCUGGUGAGAUUUUCACACAGUCCUGUAUAGACCUCCAGCGUUCAUGGUAGCCUGCUUCCUUAACUGGACGGGACUCUUCCUGGUGGGCAUGAUGUUUUCUCUCAUAGUGGAGCAUUUGGAUUAUUUCUGCUUCCUCAUAUUUUUUGUGUUCUGCUUCUUCUCUGAUGUUUUCGUGUGGUUCCACGUGCCUGAGACAAAAAAUAAAACUGUUCUUGAGAUCACAGAGGACUUUAAGAUAAUGCACCAGAAACGAAGUCAAAUGCUCUAAACUGAGCUCAAUACACAUAACCAACAUCCAGAGCGCAAUAUCUACCAAGCUUUAGCACAAAUGCAGAAACAGUACUGUAGUCAAAUCAGAAGCUGACCAAUAAAAAAGUCAUUUUACACCCAGUAUUUGUUCUCCGCUUUGAUGGUUGCUGACUGUGUGGUAUGUUUGGCUAUUCUGUUGGUGACAUCAAGUGUGUUAAGCUGUAAGCCAAUUUCAAUUAGAAGCGAACUGAAUGUUGAAUCAACAUAUUUAUACUUUGUCACGCCAAGGGACACCGAUUCAGGUUUGGCCUGAUACAACGGCUGUGGUGCAAUGACUUUAUUGACACUGUUUCUUGGAUGGCUCUGUAGAGUGAUUAGUAAGGCCUGAGUAGCUAUUGAAUCCUCAGAGGUGUGUUGACUUCUUACCACACCAUAAAGUUAUCAAAUUAAUUAUUGGACUCCACCAAAUGAUUAAGUAAUGUGGCAUCUCUCAUAAAUCAUAUUUAUGAGGCUUACCAAAAUUGCUCAGAAAAUUGCCUUAAAGGUGCCAUAGAAUGCAUUGAUACAAUAUUUUAAAUUGUUCUCUGAUAUCUACAUAGAAGGUAUGUGGCUUAGGUAAGGGCAAAAAUUCUCCAGAAACGGUUUUACAUGUCCAUUUAAAACCCUAGGAUUUCUCCCUAGAAUGAAACGGUCUCUUAUUGGCUCAUUUGGAAGGGUAUAUUUUCACAGUGCGGCUCAAUGUUGAGCUCUGCUCUGAUUGGCUGUUUCACAGUGCAGCUCAUUUCAGUAGCUUACAGGAAGGAAACACAGGGAAGAUAUAUAUUUCAAUACUUUCUCGCGCAGUUAUAUCGUUGGGUAAUUAUACUGUAAAUAAAAUGCGGGCAUCAGGGAGCCGCUAUUAAUAUGCGGGGCACUGAAACUACUUUCAAAUACACGAUCACUUUUUAGUUUCACUUUCACUUUGGAGAUUCGCAAUCGUAUGAACUCUGUUUAUACUAUGGAGCAGCAGUACUUACCACACAUUUUACAAGAUCAGAUGCUUGUCAGUGGUGCUCAGGAUCUGUAAAUCAUUCGCCAUCGUCCUCAGUCAUCCUGGCAUCCUCCUUACUCUGUUUAUGUGGUAAGUGAAAUCUUAUGUAAUGUAACAGGCUACCGAUAGCAAGGAGCUAACCAUGUCCCUUUAGUGGCUCACGUUAUUUUAUUAGAACGCGUUAUUUGCUUUCUGUGCUUUUCUGAAUACACACAAACCCAUUCCUGCACUUCACAUCCUCUGCACAGCCUGCAAUAUAACAUUUAUUUCCAUGAUCUGCCAUUUCCGCUGUUGUCCUCGCUUGUUUCUUCACAAUACCUGCAGAACUUCUGAUGGUUCGGCUGGCGGCUGGCCUAGAACAUGGGCGGGUUUAUGCAAAUGUUGGGGGCGUAACUGUUAGUGAUCCCGACUGUUGCAUCACAGUCGGUUUUAUGUUCUGAUCGCCUAUUUUUCAGUGGUCUUUUUUAUUCACGAGAUUUACAUAAGAAGGAGGAAACAAUGGUGUUUGAGGCUCACUGUAUGUCAUUUCCAUGUACAGAGCUCUUAUUUUUCAACUAUGCCAAGGUAAAUACAGUUUUCCAUUCUAUGGCACCUUUAAUGUUACCA